AAAGAACAGAGCGAAGAAAACUUUUUUCUUUUUUUUUUUCUCAACUGAAAUUAAUCGAAGAUGGAGUAUGAAAGCGACGAGACGGAGUUGAAGGCGGCCGGCGCGGUGGCUCUCGGCGGCGGACGACUAGGUUUUCUGAUUCGUGGUUGGGAGAUCGAGACUCGCAAACGUUCUAUUCUCACAUCUUCUCUUGUCCAAGAGUGGGAAGAGAAGCUUAAGACAUCUCACUUGCCAGAGAUGGUUUUUGGGGAGAGUACUUUAGUUCUUAAGCAUGUGAGUAGUGGCAUUAAGAUUCAUUUCAAUGCAUUUGAUGCUCUAUGUGGCUGGAAGCAGGAAGCAUUGCCUCCAGUUGAAGUUCCAGCAGCUGCCAAAUGGAAAUUUCGGUGCAAUCCUACGGAUCAGGUGAUACUGGAUUAUGAUUAUACAUUCACAACACCAUACUGUGGCGCUGCUACUGUUGAAAACAAUCCUGAGUCUGGAGGAGAUCCCGCGAAAAGCAGCUGUAAUCCUCGUUGGGAAGACUGCCAAGAGCAGAUCAAUAUUGCUGCAUUGGCAGCUAAAGAGCCCAUCCUUUUCUAUGAUGAGGUUAUAUUGUAUGAAGAUGAAUUGGCUGAUAACGGUGUCUCUCUUUUGACUGUUAAAGUGAGAGUCAUGGCAAGUGGAUGGUUUCUUCUCUUACGCUUCUGGCUCAGAGUUGAUGGAGUGCUUAUGAGAUUGAGGGACACUCGUAUGCAUUGUACUUUCAAGGAGGGUAAGGAACCGGUUAUUCUUCGAGAAAUCUGCUGGAGAGAAGCCACCUUUAAGGCCUUGUCUUCUAAAGGAUAUCCUGCUGAUUCUGCUGCAUACAAUGAUCCUGGUGUCAUCAGUGAAAGGCUCCCAAUUGUCACGCGCAAGACCCAAAAGCUUAUAUUCACAUAAAUACUGUAAGCUGUAACGAGUCCUCAACAUUAUUUAACUACUGAAGAAAUACUAGCGGAUCUGCUUGAGAAUUAAGAGCGACAUAUGAUGUAGAUCUUAUAUUAAUGUGAGGAAUCCAUAAUGUAUUUGAUGGAACUAAGAUGGUUAUUUAUGACGUGAAAGUCUCUCACUGUAAUUACUUUACUUAAAAGUUUUCUUAAUUAAGUCAUUUGCAAUUUGGUGAA